CUUCCCGGGCUAGGAAAUCCUCUGCCACCUUUUCCCGGGGCCUCUCUGCGCUGGGGAGCCCGGCUCCAGGCAGGCGCUGGCCGGGGCUGAGGAUUCGGCCUCCUCGCGGCAGCAGCGACACCUCCCGCCGCCUGCCGGAGCCCAGCUGCACCGCGGGGACCUGCCCGCGGGGGAGGAGGCAGCGGCACAAACUGACGUGUCUCCGUCAUGGAGCUGAGCGUGAUUCAUCAACAGCAGCUGCAGCAGCAGCGCGCCCGGGGCAGGAUGCUGCGCACCGUCCCCGCUUAGAGCCGGGCAAGAGGCGACACCCGCUCUGCCGUCUGCAGCCGCCUUUCCUUGCCGCGGAGCGCAGGGCCCCUCGGGCAGCCAAGAUGGAAGAAAUCCUGAGGAAGCUGCAGAAGGAGGCGUCGGGGAACAAACACAAAGCGAUCAAGGAGAGCUGCGGCUGGGCCAUUGAAACUUUGGAAUCUUCUGAUGCUGCUGCUACCAAGAUCCCUCCAUAUCAGCUGAGGGAGAAGUGUCUCCUCCCACUGCAGCUGGCUUUGGAAUCAAAGAACGUGAAGUUGGCCCAACAUGCUCUAGCAGGGAUGCAGAAGUUGCUGUCUGAUGAGAGAUUUGUAUCCGUGGAAACAGGCUCAGAUGAGAAGCAGCUACUAAAUCAGAUGCUGAAUGCCGUCAAAGUGACUCCUUCCCUGAACGAAGACCUGCAGGUAGAAGUGAUGAAGGUUUUGCUCUGUAUCACAUACUCCUCCACAUUUGACCUGAAUGGAAGUUCAGUGCUAAAGAUUGCUGAGGUUUGCAUUGAGACAUAUGUAUCUAGCUGUCACCAGCGGAGUAUUAACACCGCUGUGCGGGCAACCCUCAGCCAAAUGUUGAGUGACUUGACUUUACAGUUACGACAAAAGCAAGAGAAUACGACAACUGAAAAACAUGAAGCCUUGCAAGAGUUCAAGAGCCAAGGUUCUACAGUAGAGUCCCUUUGCGAUGAUGUUGUGUCUGUCCUCACUGUGCUCUGUGAGAAGCUUCAGGCUGUCAUAAAUGAAAAUCAGCAACUGCAGCUUCUCUACCUGGAAUGUAUUCUCUCAAUGCUAAAUAGUUCCUCUCCCAGCAUGCACAAUCACAGAGGAUUCACUGACCUUAUUUGGAAGCAAUUGUGUCCAGCCCUUGUAGUAAUCCUGGGAAAUCCAAUCCAUGACAAAACAAUCACCUCUGCCCACAGUAGCAUCUGUCUCGAGGCCAAUUCGCCCUCUUCAGGGGUCGCUGAUCAUGGCCGAGGGUCAGGUUGCUCCUCCACAGCACCUGCCCUCAGUGGCCCUGUUGCUCGGACCAUAUAUUACAUUGCUGCGGAACUGGUUCGAUUGGUGGGGUCAGUAGAAUCCAUGAAACCUGUGCUCCAGUCACUCUAUCACCGGAUGCUGCUGUAUCCCCCACCCCAACACCGAGUGGAAGCCAUCAAGAUCAUGAAAGAGAUACUAGGUAGCCCACGACGGCUCUGUGAUUUGGCAGGACCCUGCUUCUCUGAACCAGAAUCCAGAAAGAGGUCAAUCUCGAAAAGGAAGUCCCAUCUGGAUCUUCUCAAACUUAUCAUGGAUGGGAUGACUGAAGCUUGCAUAAAAGGUGGUAUUGAAGCAUGUUAUGCCUCCGUUUCUUGUGUCUGUGCCCUGCUCGGGGCAUUAGAUGAACUAAGCCAAGGGAAAGGCCUUAAUGAGGAACAAGUCCACCUGCUACUCCGACGCCUGGAAGAAUUGAAAGAUGGGGCUGAGACAAGCCGAGACUCCAUGGAGAUCAACGAUGCUGACUUUAGGUGGCAAAGGCGCAUCCUGUCAUCGGAACAUACCCCCUGGGAAUCGAGAAAUGAGAAGAGUCCUGACAUUAGCAUUAGUGUUACCACAGAUACUGGUCAAACUACUUUGGAGGGAGAUAUGGGGCAGACUACUCCAGAGGAUAAUCCCGAAGAUCAAAAAAACUCUCUGCAGUCUCCAGCUGGCCAAGACUUUAAAGAGAUUGGGUGUAAAGAGCCAGAAUCAGAAACAAUAGAGCAGCCAGAUGUGGUUCAAAGGAGUCAUACCAUUGUUUAUCCAGAUAUAACUAACUUCCUGUCGGUUGACUGCAGGACACGGUCCUAUGGAUCCAGAUACAGUGAAAGUAACUUCAGCGUUGAUGACCAAGAUCUUUCUAGGACUGAAUUUGACUCAUGUGAUCAAUAUUCCAUGGCAGCAGAGAAAGACUCUGGGAGGUCAGAUGUCUCAGACAUAGGGUCUGAUAACUGUUCCCUGGCUGAAGAAGAGCAGACCCCAAGGGACUGUCCAGGUCAUAAGUCUUCAUGUACCGCUGCUCUCUCUUUGAAAUUACUGAAGAACCAAGAAGCAGACCAGCACAGUGCCCAGCUGUUUGUCCAGUCCCUUGAAGCGCUUCUUCCUCGGCUUAUAACACUCCAUAGUGUAGAGGAGGUGGAUUCAGCACUCCAGAAUUUUUCCUCGACCUUCUGCUCAGUUAUUCACCUUAUCCACGCCCCCAAAGUGACGUCAAUGGAAAGUCCAAGGAGGCAGCAGCACAGAACUUUCAAACCCUCACGAGAUAUGAUGUUCUCACCAGGAUUUGAGGGGAACCCCAAUUUCAGCUUCCAGACUUUGAUGAAUGCAGACAGUAUCUACAUGGUCUCUCACUACACCCUUCUUCUCAACCUGAAGUUAUCCAACUCUGACUACUACAGGAAGAAACCUGCCCAAGUACCUGUGUUGCUGAAGGAGUUUAUGAAGCAGGUUCAGGCCAGUGGAGUAUUGAUGGUAUUCUCUCAAGCGUGGGUUGAGGAGCUCUACCAUCAGGUACUGGAAAGGAACAUCCUGGGAGAGGCUGGUUACUGGGGAAACCCUGAGGAGUACCGUCUUCCGCUCAUCACCAUGUUGACUGACAUUGAUGGCUUGGGGAGCAGUGCUAUAGGUGGGCAGCUGAUGGCAUCUGCAUCAACACAAUCUCCUCUCACCCAGAACCAGAAGACCGAUGAUUCUGUUGUGGCAGGUGUUGCUUUUGCCCGAUACCUUCUGAUCGGUUGCUGGAAGAAUUUGAUUGAUACCUUAUCCACACCUUUGACUGGUCGAAUGGCAGGAAGCUCCAAAGGGUUAGCAUUCAUCCUGGGAGCUGAAGGAGUCAAGGAGCAGAACCAGAAGGAGAGAGAUUCCAUUUGUAUGAGCCUGGAUGGACUGAGGAAGGCAGCCCGGCUGAGCUGUGCUCUAGGGGUUGCUGCUAAUUGUGCAUCUGCCCUUGCCCAAAUGGCUGCUGCCUCCUGUGUUCAAGAAGAGAAGGAGGAAAGAGAUGCCCAAGAGCCCAGUGAUGCUAUAACUCAAGUGAAACAGAAGAUGGAGCAGAAGCUGGAACAGAUGGGGAAAGUGCAGGGAGUCUGCCUGCACCCUGCUCAUGUUUUGUGCAUGGAUGCCAUCCUCAGUGUGGGCCUGGAAAUGGGAAGCCACAAUCAAGACUGUUGGCCACAUGUGUUCAGGGUGUGUGAAUACAUCAGCACUCUGGAGCACACCCAUUUCAGCGAUGGCGCAUCUCAGCCCCCUCUUACUAUAACCCAAUCACAGCAGGCCACGGGAGGGUUGCAGGUGGAUUAUCCAUCUACAAACUCUCCCCAGGAACUGACCCCUGAGCAGGAGACUACCCUGAGCAACAAUCCUGUCAUCCAGCCCGUCUCCAUCCAGGACCUCAUCAAGGAGGGUAGCAAGGGCAGAGCUUUCGACUUUCGUGGAGGCAGCCUGCUAAGUGGAAGCAAUGCCGCCAAGGCUGUCCUCAUCCUCUCCACGCAGGCUGACAGGCUAUUUGAAGAUGCUGCUCACAAGCUAAACCUGAUGGCACUGGGUGGCUUCCUAUACCAGCUCAAAAAAGCUUCUCAGUCCCAGCUCUUCUACUCAGUCACAGAUACAGUUGAUUACUCCUUAGCAAUGCCAGGUGAAGUAAAGUCUACCCAGGACAGGAGAAGCGCACUCCAUUUGUUUCGUCUUGGAGAUGCCAUGCUCAGGAUUGUACGGAGUAAAUCCCGCCCAUUGCUCCAUCUCAUGCGCUGCUGGAGCCUGGUGGCACCUCAUCUUGUAGAGGCUGCCUGUCAUAAGGAGAGACAUGUUUCUCGGAAGGCUGUCUCCUUCAUCCAUGACAUCCUCACCGAGGUGCUGACAGACUGGAAUGAGCCCCCUCAUUUUCACUUCAGUGAGGCGCUGUUCCGCCCCUUUGAGCGCAUCAUGCAGCUGGAGCUGUGUGAUGAGGAUGUCCAGGACCAGGUGAUCACGUCUAUAGGAGAACUGGUGGAGGUGUGUUCCAUUCAGAUCCAGUCCGGGUGGAGGCCCUUGUUCAGUGCACUGGAAACAGUGCACAGCAGUAGCAAGUCAGAGCUUAAGGAGUACCUCGUUGGAGAGUAUUCUAUGGGGAAAUGCCAAGCUCCAGUUUUUGAUGUUUUUGAAGCAUUUCUCAACAUAGACAACAUCCAGGUCUUUGCCAAUGCCGCCACUAGUUACAUUAUGUGCCUUAUGAAGUUUGUCAAAGGACUUGGAGAAGUGGAUUGUAAGGAGAUUGGUGAUUGUGUGUCAGGAUCUGUGUCUACAGACUUGUGCCUUCCCGCUCUUGAUUACCUCAGGAGGUGUUCUCAGUUGCUAGCCAAAAUCUACAAAAUGCCCUUGAAGCCAAUUUUCCUCAGUGGCCGGCUGGCCAACUUGCCCCGAAGAGUGCAGGAGCAAUCAGCCAGCAGUGAGGAUGGGAUUGAGUGUGUCCUUUCUGACUUUGAGGAUGACUCUGGCCUUAUCAAUGUCUGGAUCAUUCUACUGGAAGAAUUAACUACUGCUAUAUCCAACUGUCCCCGCCAGCACCAGCCACCCACCCUGGAUUUACUCUUUGAGCUGCUGAGAGAUGUUGCCAAAAUUCCUGGCCCAGGAUUUGGCAUUUAUGCAGUUGUACAUCUUCUACUCCCCACAAUGUCCCUCUGGCUCCAUCGUAGCCAUGGUGACCAUGCUUACUGGGAUGUGGCAUCUGCUAAUUUCAAGCAUGCAAUUGGCCUUUCCUGUGAACUGGUAGUGGAACACAUUCAAAGUUUCAUUCAUUCAGACAUUGGCUACGAGAAUAUGAUUAAUACAAUGCUAAAAGAUCUCUUCAAGUUGUUGGUAGCCUGUGUGGCAGAGCCUACAGAAACAAUCUCCAGAGUUGGCUGCUCAUGUAUCAGGUAUGUCCUCGUGACAGCAGGGCCUGUUUUUACUGAAGAGAUGUGGAGGCUUGCAUGCUGUGCAUUACAGGACGCGUUCUCUGCGACUCUUGAGCCAGUAAAGAACCUAUUGGGCUAUUUCCACAGUGGUUCUGAAAGCUUUAGUGGCGAUGCCUGUGAAGUGAAGGUGGCAGCCCCAUCUCUCUCUCCCAGUGCUGAAGCUGAGUACUGGAGAAUCCGAGCCAUGGCACAACAGGUUUUCAUGUUAGACACCCAGUGCUCACCAAAGACCCCCAACAACAAGGAAGGAUUUGAACAUGCUCAGUCCUGUGUGCUUAUCAUCGAGCUGCCUGCUGACAAGAAACACAAUGGGCAUACCCAGAAAAGUAUCCCUUUCAGGACAAUAGUGGUGAGUCUGUUGUCCCAUCAAGUGCUGCUCCAGAAUUUAUAUGAUAUCUUGCUGGAAGAGUUUGUGAAGGGCCCUUCUCAUGUGGAAGAGAAGACAACACAAGUGCCAGGAACCAAACUGGCUGGUUUCCUCAGGUAUAUUUCCAUGCAGAAUUUGGCUGUCAUCUUUGACUUACUGCUGGAUUCUUAUCGGACAGCCAGAGAGUUUGACACAAGACCUGGGUUGAAGUGUUUGCUGAAGAAAGUGUCUGGCAUUUGUGGAGCUGCCAACUUAUAUCGUCAGUCAGCAAUGAGCUUCAAUAUUUACUUCCAUGCCUUGGUUUGUGCUAUACUGACAAACCAGGAGAACAUCACCGCAGAGCAGGUGAAGAAGAUCCUAUUUGAGGAUGAUGAAAGAAGCACAGACUCCUCCCAGCAGUGCUCUUCAGAAGAUGAAGAUAUUUUUGAAGAAACUGCCCAAGUCAGCCCCCCAAGGGGGAAGGAGAAGAGACAGUGGAGGGCUAGAAUACCAUCUUUGAGUGUUCAGCCAGUGAGCAAUGCAGACUGGGCUUGGUUAAUCAAAAGGCUUCACAAGCUAUGCAUGGAGCUCUGUAAUAACUAUAUCCAAAUGCAUCUGGAUUUGGAGAAUAAUGUGGAGGAACCUCCAGUUUUCAAAGGUGACCCUUUUUUCAUCCUACCAUCCUUUCAAUCUGAAACCUCCACCCCAUCAACCGGAGGGCAGUCUGGAAAAGAUACACCCUCAGAAGAUGACAGAAGUCAAAGUAGGGACCACUUGAUAGACAAUCUAACGCCCAAGGGAGGGAGCGGAGAAAUGCUGCUGCUACCACCAUUGAGCCCUAAAAUGGAGAAAAAGGACCAAGCCAGGAAAAAAGAAUGGUGGGAGAGUGCUGGCAACAAAAUCUACACCAUAGCCACUGAUAAAACUAUCUCCAAACUCAUGACGGAGUAUAAGAAAAGGAAGCAGCAACAAAACUUAACCUCUUUCACCAAAGACGUCAAAGUGGAAAAGAAGGGAGAGUUGUUGGGCUCAAGAGGGCAGGAUUCACCACUCCCCCAGCGACCGCAACAUCUGGUGGACCAGGGCCAAAUGAGACAUUCCUUCAGUGCUGGCCCAGAGAUCUUGAGGCAGGAGAAGAGGCCACGCUCAGGAUCUACAGUCAGCUCCCUGAAUAUAUCUGUGAGAGAUGCAGAGGCACAAAUACAGGCAUGGACCAACCUGGUGCUGACAGUUCUCAACCAGAUUCAGACCCUGCCUGACCAAACAUUCACCGCUCUCCAGCCAGCUGUGUUUCCCUGUAUCAGUCAGCUGACUUGUCAUGUGACCGAUAUCCGUGUCCGUCAGGCUGUGAGAGAAUGGCUCGGAAGAGUGGGAAGGAUCUAUGAUAUCAUUGUAUAAAGGAAACGUGUUUAUUAGCAAGGGGAGAAGGAAUCAAAGGCUUUUACAGGGGAAGGUAUUCUCACGUGUACAGCCUGUCUGCUGUAGCUUGCUGGGAUCCCCACCAUUUGCAGCUAUAUUUACCCCCACUGCCAGUACCACUGGUUCAUAGGAGUCAGACUGGACAAGAGCGGGCAGUGCUACUCUUCAGUUGGCCAGAAGAGGCCUGUGGUGGACUGAGUCCCCUGCUCCCUCAUGCUCCCAGCUGGUGCAGAGUUGACUAGCACACAGUCUGUGUGUGUACUGGUAUAAAAACAAACAAAACCAAAAUCUUCAUUUCAAAAGAUGAACCUCAGCCAACAAGAAAAUGCUCAUUCUGCAAGGAAUUCCAUGCAAGUGGAACACCAUGUGGGUGCAUGGUUUCUCCUGUGCUUAUCUCCUUACAGGAUUGGGUCCUAAGUUUCUGAUAGAAUCUCGGUGCUUUAGCAUAUUCUGGGGGAAGAAAAGACUUCAAACAGACAGGAUAUUGCCAGUAAGUUUGAAUUGCUGGCUGAUCAAUAACCAGGGUAGGUGUAAUGGAGGGUCAUCUCUGUGUGUGGACUCUUAAGACAAUCCCUCUGCCAGAUGGACAAUGUCCACCUGGUGCUCUCUUAGUAAGUAGCCCCUAAUUGAUCAUUCUUUUGGUUGUUCCUCUAUUGUACUUAAAUCUCUAUAAGUCUAUAUGUAAAUGUACCUCUGCACCUUAAACCUUUCUGGGUAUGUCUAUACAGCCCAUGGCAGCAAGUCUCAGAGCCCAGUUUGACACUCAGGCUAUGCUAUGGUGCUAAAAACAACCACGUAGACAGUGUAGCUCAGGCUUUGAACCUCCCUCCCUUCUUUAGGCUUCAGAGCCCAAGCAGCUACACAUCAAUUUAGUGCUGUAGCAUGAGCUGGGCUGGUUAGCUCUCUAGUGC